AUGCUUCGGCGUCCACCUACCGCCAUCGUUAUAGUUGCAUCUGAAGUAAGGGCCUACGAGGAGCGCCGGCAGGCUCGGCGUCAUGCUUUCCAAUCAGGCAAUAGCAUCAAGUCCGUGUCCGAGGUUGAGAGCAACGAUCCAGAACGAAACUCGUCAUCUCCCGGUGCCGAUGUAAAGACUGGUGGUUCGGAUACGAACGACUUUAGCGAUGCUCUCGCACCAUCUCCUGACCCAUCAGUCCUGGGAAAUGGCGAGCAGGAUGAGCUGGCUAAAGCUUUGAACAACCUUGCCCAAGGUCGUAGUAUAAUCUUCGAAAGCCCGUCAUUGUCGGUUCGUCUCAAAGCCACGCAGCCAGAUGGGACUAACACAGCGACAUUCUAUACGCUCGUCAAGACACAUGUCUUUGGACAUGACUUUGUCAACGCCGCCUGCUUCGCAUUCGACGAUGCCUGGGUCGCCAUCGUCGCUCCCUCGGGUUUCCUGGCUGAACACGAGGAAGCAUCGCCUGUUACUGUGUCGCCACGCAGCAAUUAUAGGGUGAGAGAGCCGCCAGAGACCCCACCGCGCAGCUCCUCCCUUCAGGCUGGAGGCCUAGAAAGUUUGCCCUCAAGCGGCGCUCCAGAACGCUCAGCGAGCCAUCGCCCAAGACCACCAGUUGUCAUUUUGAGAUCCCUGGAAUCUAGUAUUCAUGCGGCGUUGAAUGCCCCGCAAGUUAUGGGAGAAUCCAGUGCGUUGUAUACAGAUGUAGCACAGCCGAGCUCGUCGUCAUCACUGCAACUCGACGGCAACCACGACUUCCAGAUCUACAAUGACGAACUACCCGCAGACCAGCAACCGCAAACACCGCAGAAUCUGCCUGAGGCUCGGCACAGUGGUCGCCUAGGGGCUGCGUUGACAGCCCCCGUCACUCGGAUUGGUGUGGUACAAGAUUCUGCGGCCGCGACAGCCAGGGCUGCAAUAGCACUUGUUACUCCUACCACUGCUAGCAGACGAGAGCGACCAAGACGUGAGCAGAGCCCGCCGGGUCUUAACACCCCGGGAUUUAGGGGUCUAUACGGAGGAUUGGAGAACACUGACGAUGCGGUGCUGUAUGAAGCUGGCUACAGAAUGACCAAUCACGGCAGUAGGCACUUGGAAGCCGAGGGUAACCAAGAGGAGAGACGCUAA